CCACACUAACUCCCACGCCUUACUGUGGUCAGCUCAGCACACAUGGUACGCUAUAGGCUCUAUGCCAGUAUACACAAUACAUUGUAGAAAAAAUAACUCCCAAACACACGAUUUACCUCUGCACAUUUUCGAUCCAAUACCUUUUUCAAGAUAAAGUGAGAUUCACCUUGUUGAUUUUAGGGCAUUAACUCCCAGCACUACAACGAGAUAAGCUUGGCGGUAGUGUGUGUGAUAACCCUCUUCUGAAGUGACACUGUGCUCUUUGGGGAAACAGCUUGGUCAUGGUUUUCAAUUUAGGGACUUGUGCCUUGGACUUAGAAGGGAUGUGUUAUUAUGUUCUUGCAUGACUGUUUUUGUGUGUGUGUGGGGGGAGGGGGUGAUGAUGAUGUGGCAAUAAUAGAAAUCAGGAGGUUGUGACCAAGCUUUCUUUCCAUGGGUUGAAGGGGAAUGGGUUAGUAAGUUCGUCUUUCAUCCUGAGUCUGACUUGUGUAAUGAAAUAGGAAGUUAUUGAGACAUUCAGUGAGGUAGGCUACAUAUAGCCUAUGUAAGCAACGCUCCWGUUAGAAGAAGUAGACUUGGACCCAAAGAGACCGUAGUGAGAGUGGAACCUUUCGGAGAUGAAGGAAGAGAAGCCCAAUGAACAUUCGAACCUGAAGGAACCUCCUCAGGAGAAUGGGGUCAUCCAGAGCACCCAGGGCCUGUACAGCUCCACCUCCACUCCGGCCUCAGACGACGAGCCCUUCUCCACAUACUUUGAGGAGAAGGUGCCCAUUCCAGAGGAUGUCACCCAGAUGUUCAGUUUCCGUAAACUCUGGGCCUUUACGGGACCUGGUUUCUUGAUGAGCAUCGCCUAUCUUGACCCAGGGAACAUCGAGUCUGACCUGCAGUCUGGCGCUAAAGCUGGCUUUAAGCUCCUGUGGGUGUUGUUGGGGGCCACCAUCAUCGGCCUCCUCCUGCAGAGACUGGCUGCACGCCUGGGGGUCGUCACAGGGAUGCACCUCGCAGAGGUCUGCAACCGCCAGUACCCCACUGUUCCUCGUAUUAUCCUGUGGCUGAUGGUGGAGCUGGCCAUCAUCGGCUCAGACAUGCAGGAGGUCAUCGGCUGUGCCAUUGCCUUCAACCUCCUCUCUAUGGGCAGGAUUCCACUUUGGGGAGGUGUCCUCAUCACCAUCAUUGACACCUUUGUGUUCCUUUUUCUAGAUAAAUAUGGCUUGAGGAAACUUGAAGCCUUCUUUGGGUUUCUCAUCACCAUCAUGGCUAUAAGCUUUGGGUAUGAGUAUGUGAUGGUGCGUCCGGACCAGGGGGAGCUGCUGAAGGGGAUGUUUCUGCCGUACUGUGAGAACUGUGAUUCUGCCCAGAUGGAGCAGGCUGUGGGCAUCGUAGGAGCAGUCAUCAUGCCCCACAACAUCUACCUGCACUCUGCCCUCGUCAAGUCUCGGCAAAUAGAUCGUGGGAACAAGAAGGAGGUGAAGGAGGCCAACAAAUACUACUUCAUCGAGUCAACUAUUGCUCUCUUCAUCUCCUUCCUCAUCAACGUCUUUGUUGUAGCAGUGUUUGCCGAGGCCUUCUACGACAAAACCAACAUUGAGGUGAAUGCAAAAUGCAAUGCAUCAGGCAGUCCUCACACAGACCUCUUCCCUCUGGACAACAGCACGCUACAGGUGGACAUCUUCAAAGGGGGGGUGGUGCUGGGUUGUUUCUUUGGCCCUGCGGCCCUCUACAUCUGGGCCAUCGGGAUCCUGGCUGCCGGACAGAGCUCCACCAUGACAGGCACUUACUCUGGCCAGUUUGUCAUGGAGGGUUUCCUGAACCUGCGUUGGUCCCGUUUUGCCCGGGUGCUUCUCACCCGCUCCAUCGCCAUCUUCCCCACCCUGCUGGUGGCCAUCUUUCAGGACGUGCAGCACCUAACGGGCAUGAACGACUUCCUCAACGUAUUGCAGAGCAUGCAGCUGCCAUUUGCUCUGAUCCCCAUCCUGACCUUUACCAGUCUGACAUCCAUCAUGGAUGACUUUGCUAAUGGACUGGUGUGGAAGAUUGGCGGAGGGGUGGUCAUCCUGGUGGUCUGUGCCAUAAACAUGUACUUUGUGGUGGUCUACGUGACCAGCCUGAACAGUGUGGCGCUCUACGUGCUGGUGGCCUUGCUCUGCAUAGCCUACCUAAGCUUUGUGUGCUACCUGACGUGGCAUUGUCUGAUAGCCCUCGGGGUCUCCUGUCUGGACGUGUCCUGUCUGGGCAGCAGGAUGAGUCUGAGGCUGACGGGCCACAUAGACGUUUACCUGCUGAAUGACAUGGACAGCAACACGAUGGUGGAGAGAUAAGGAGGACACGUUGGAGGGGUGGAUAUUAGCAAUGGUAAAGUCAGUAGCUAGACAGGGGUGACCUAACAUGGUGGAAGCAUGGGACCACAGGCUCAGCCAGUACAGUGCUCCUCCUUCUUUGCCUUAGUGCCAACGAGACCUUUGUAAGUGCCCUUCGUCAUCAUCUAUCCCUUACAAGAAGCCUUGAACCCCUCACUUGACAUUCCACUAGGCAGGUAGCCUAACUAUGAUUGGCAUUAUCAUAAAGUUAGUAUCAAUGAGUUGUUGGUUUUUAUCAUGUUGAGCAUGCUUUUAAAAUUCUGCAAGUGCGCCGGCCUUUUCUCAGGUCAGCAUUUCCAUAUGACUUUGAAACGCUGUUAUAUUUUUAGAAUGGAAAUACACAGUAUGUAUUACACAAUUUGUUACCAAAAAGGCAAUUUCCUCCAAUUAAUAUGUAUGUACAGUACCAGUCAAAAGUUUGGACACACCUACUCAUUCCAGAGUUUCUUUA